AUCUCUCUGUUAUUAUUUCUUGUUCUGUCUUCUUAUCUGUUCUACCAAAAAAAUCCUUUUUUUUUUGUUCUCUUUGUCCGAAAUCGGCAGAAAAGAGAGAAAAUCAUGAAUUUUUCGCCACCUUCUUCGGUGAAACCCAUGUUGAUUCACGCUCAAGCCUCGUUGAAUUCAUGGCUCUCGCAAUUUGAGCCUCUGGUUCUGCUCUUCGCUCCGUUUCUCACUCUCCUCGUCGCUCGGAUCGUCGGAUCCGCCAUCGGCGUCGUUCAUGAGAAAGGGCUGAAAUCGACCAUCGUUGGGCUCGUCAUGGGUUUCGUCAAGAUGAUUCCUGGUGUUCAGAGAUACAUAGAUGCAGAGAAACAAAAGGUUGUUGAUAAAUUACAAUCCGGCGGCAGCUCUAAGAAAGAAAACUGGGCGGUAGAAUUGCCCGCAAAGGGUUUAGGAGAUGAAGUUAUAGAGAAAAUGGAGGACGAAAAGAGGAAAGAUGCUAUGUGGCAAGGGAAAUGCUCUGGCACUGUAUAUAUCGCUGGAAACGAGUCUGAAGGGCAUUUUUCUUUGAUAAAUCAAGCCUGUUCGAUGUUUGCACAUACAAACCCAUUGCAUUUAGAUGUAUUCCAGAGCGUAGUAAGGUUCGAGGCAGAGGUAGUGGCAAUGACAGCUGCAUUGCUCGGUAGCAGAGAGAAAUCCUCGGGGGGACAAAUAUGCGGAAACAUGACUUCUGGAGGAACCGAAAGCAUACUUUUAGCUGUAAAGACAUCUCGUGAUUAUAUGAGACACAAGAAGGGAAUCACAAGGCCGGAAAUGAUUAUACCUGAAUCUGGUCAUUCGGCUUAUGACAAGGCGGCUCAGUAUUUUAAGAUCAAAUUGUGGCGAGUUCCUGUGAACAAAGACUUCAAAGCCGAUGUGAAAGCAAUAAGGAGGCAUAUCAACGGAAACACCAUCAUGAUUGUUGGAUCUGCUCCUGGUUUUCCUCACGGCAUCAUCGACCCUAUUGAGGAGCUCGGUCAACUGGCUCUUAGUUACGGAAUAUGCUUUCAUGUCGAUCUUUGCCUCGGCGGCUUUGUACUUCCUUUCGCUCGCAAACUCGGGUACCCUAUUCCGGGUUUCGAUUUCUCCGUGCAAGGAGUUACUUCGAUCUCGGUGGAUGUGCAUAAAUAUGGAUUGGCUCCUAAAGGUACAAGUGUAGUUCUCUACAGAAAUCACGAGAUCCGAAAGCACCAAUUUGUUGCUGUGACGGAAUGGUCAGGUGGUCUAUAUGUAUCACCAACCAUAGCUGGGAGCCGGCCUGGUGGUCUGGUUGCUGGCGCUUGGUCUGCAAUGAUGUCUCUCGGACAAGAAGGCUACCUCGAAAACACGAGAAAGAUCAUGGAAACGUCGAAGAGAGUAGAAGAAGGUGUGAGAGGGAUACCGGAGUUAUUCGUGGUUGGGAAACCGGACAUGACGAUUGUGGCGAUCGGAUCUACGAAGCUCGACAUAUUCGAAGUUAACGAUAUCAUGUCGUCGAAAGGUUGGCAUUUGAAUGCAUUGCAGAGACCAAACAGCAUUCACAUUUGUAUUACCCUUCAACACGUCCCUGUUGUCGAGGAAUUUCUCCGAGAACUGAGGGAAGCUGUCGAAACUGUGAGAGAGAAUCCGGGGCCGAUCAAAGGAGGGUUAGCGCCGAUAUAUGGAGCGGCGGGGAGAAUGCCCGACAGAGGCAUGGUCGAGGAGCUUCUCGUCAGUUUCAUGGACAGCCAAUAUUAGGACAUACUCUCUCACUCACUCUCUCUUUUUCUUUUCUGAAAAAUAAAAAAUAAAAAAUAAAAAAUAAAGCUGUAACAUUCCAUUUUCAUCAACGUUCAUUACUUUUUCUUUGUUGCGUGAUUCUUGUAUCAUUUUCACUGUCCAAUUUCCAUGUAUCAAAAAUGAAAACAAUUUUCAUUUUUUAUAGUAUAUGAUAGAUUUUCCUGUCCGUAUA